AUGUACCACAAGUGGGAGGCCGAUCCGGUCGUAUUGGCGUACGCGCCACGUUUCGUUCCCAUCUCUACGAUUCCCUUUCCGGCGAUUACGGUUUGUCCCCUGUCCAAGAUUCGCGUUGAGGAGUUCAACCUUUCAAAUGCGUUUGAACUGGUAGACCGUGGCAUCAAGCUGGAUGAGGAAAGCGAACGAAAGAUACGAUCCCUUGCCCACGUGUGCCCCUUCAUCGAUGAGUGGACCAAGUUCGAUCGCCAGCCGCUGGAGGAUGAUCUGGUUAAGAUAUUGCAUCGAAUGUCGUUGGGCUUGGGGCUUACCGUCCCAAUGGUUACGUGGAGGACAAAGCUUGUUUCAACCAGCGAUUGGAUCACGGAAACGCUGGUGGACGAUGGUAUCUGCUAUACCUUCAACGCACUUCCUGCUUCCCAAUUGUAUCGAGCUGGUGAGAUAUCGUCGGACUUUUUGAAUCUUAGCAGGGGUUCAGCGUCAAACUGGACGCGCGAGAUCGGAUACAGAGGACGGGUUGGAUCGGAUACGUUUCCAAAGCUAGCUCUGAGAAGUGGUUUAAAGUCCGGAUUCGCGAUGCUGGUAGCGCUGAGAAAGAUUGAUCAGGAGUUUGUUUGUAGGGGUCCCUUCACCGGAUUCAAGGUUUCCGUGCAUCCUCCAGAUGAAACACCGUUCACUGGAGAUCAGUUUUUCCGCUUGGACACGGAGCAUGCCCUGUCGAUAUCGGUGCAACCGGAAGUCACGUAUACUUCGAAAGCUUUAAAGGAAAUGUCUCCUAAAAGACGAAACUGCUUCUUCGGAGAGGAGCGAUACCUGCGUUACUACACCGUUUACAGCCAGAACAACUGCAUCAACGAGUGCAUGUCCAAUCGUACCUACGCCAAGUGCGGUUGCGUCAAGUUUUCGAUGCCACGAGCUGCCACAACGAAGAUUUGUGACGCCAGCCGGAUCCCGUGCUAUCGGGGCGCGAUUCUCGAGGUGUUCUACCGGGCCUUCAAGGCAUCGCUGGAGAAUCGUCCGCUGCCGUGUUCGUGUCUGCAGGCUUGCAUUUUGCUUCGGUACAACGCCGAAGUGCACCGAUUUCCGUUCCACGUUGAGCACUUUCGGGCGGUGGCCGGUCCGUUUAUGGACUUGUUCAAGGGCCGGGACAUCUCCGUGAUACAGGUUGCGUUCAAGUACCGUCACUACCUUCCCGUCUGGCGAAGGGAGCUGUUGGGCUUCACCGACGUGUUGGCCAAGUUUGGCGGACUGUUUGCCCUGCUGAUGGGUGCCAGCAUGAUGAGCUUGGCCGAAAUCUGCUACUAUGCGUUCGUGCGGCCACUGCGGAGGGAACGAAGUUCGGUGAAGUGGAUUCCGGUGCGACCUUGGAUGGAGUAACGCAGUGUCUCAGUGGAAUGCAGAACCAUUUUUACAUCUUCGAGAUCCAGGAAGACAUUGCGAAACAAAUUAGCACCAUUUGCUGCACA